AUUUUGUCAAUUGUGCAUAUUAAAACCAGUCAAAAACUACACAUAAAUAUAGUCAUGAGGGAUCAGUUCAACGUCCACAUACCUUCUAGUAAUCUCAUUUUUGACCAAGAAUCUGCCUGAUCUGAGCUCUCUUCUAAUAUGGCCACCACCGCAUCAUCGGCAAGUGUCAACAAUAAGCUACAAGGCAAGGUAGCGAUCAUCACCGGUGGUGCUAGCGGCAUCGGUGAAGCCACCGCCAUUCUCUUUGCAGAGCACGGCGCACGUGCAGUUGUGAUUGCCGACGUCCAAGAUGAAAAAGGUCAACAACUUGCUGAAUCCAUCGGCUCCGACCGAUCAACCUACAUCCGCUGUGACGUAACCGAUGAGAAUCAAGUCAAGUCUCUGGUUGAAUCCACCGUAAAUUUAUACGGCCGGGUUGAUGUCAUGUUCUGCAACGCGGGGAUUUUCAACUCCAGCAUCCAGAAUAUCCUCAACUUUGACAUGGCUGCCCACCAGAAACUCUUCGCCGUGAAUGUUGACGGAGUAGCUGCAAGUGUAAAACAUGCCGCACGAGCGAUGGUGGACGGAGGAGUAAGCGGUAGUAUCACUUGUACGGCAAGCAUUGCAGCUAGUUCCUCGGCGGACAGGUCUACAGAUUACGUGAUGUCAAAGUGUGCAAUUUUGGGGUUGAUGAGAUGUGCAAGUAGGCAGCUGGGCGAGCAUGGGAUACGCGUAAACUGCGUCUCCCCAGGGCCGGUUGGAACUCCGAUGGCCAUCAAGAUGCUCGGGGUGAGUAAUCAGGAGGAAGCAGAGAAGGCUUUUGAAACAAAUUUUGGGUUAAAAGGUUCACUGAAAGUGAAGCAUAUAGCAGAUGCUGCACUGUUUCUUGCUUGUCAAGAUUCUGAAUUUAUCACCGGCCAAAAUUUAAUUGUGGAUGGUGGAUUUAAAUUUUGAACUAGCAUAAUCACAAAUUCAAAAUAUAUAAAAUAAAUAAUCACCUAUCAUGUAUUGUGUAAAAUAAAAUUAGUUCGUAUAAUAUUUUUUCCUGUUUUUUUUAAAUAUGUUAAGUUUGUUUCUUGUUAA